GCGUCCCGUCCAUUAUUUGGUGGCUAGCUGUGUGUGAAGUGAGACGUGUGGUCACGGCCGGUGAUAGUGUGACAGUGGAAGUCGUCAUGACUAGACUCAACCUCUGAUCCCGAAACAAUUUCUUUUCCUCCUCUUCUGUGUCCAGUGUCUGUGAGGUGUGGUGAUAGCUUGUCCUACCGGCACCAUGGUUGAAAACAGAGCUAACUGCUCUCCCCGCUGGGGAAUGCGUUUAUUAGGUCUGAGUGUUAUAGUGCUUACCCUUUGCAGUCCGGUCUCUGCUACGGAAGGUAACGAAACUGACAUCUUUGGAAAAUGUGUUGAUGGUCUCUUACUCCCGCUAUGGUCACCACAAGAAAAUCUAACUAUCGGAGACCGCGUGGCUCGAGCUAUCGUCUACUUCGUGGCCAUGGUGUGGCUUUUUAUUGGUGUGUCCAUCAUAGCUGAUCGUUUCAUGGGUUCCAUUGAAAUGAUCACUUCACAAGAGAAGGAAGUUACCGUGAAAAAACCAAAUGGUGAGACGCAGAUCAUCGUAGUACAAGUAUGGAACGAAACUGUAGCCAACCUCACCCUCAUGGCUCUGGGUUCCUCGGCUCCCGAAAUUUUGCUGUCUGUUGUUGAAAUGUUUGCCACAAACUUCGAAGCUGGAGACCUCGGUCCCGGAACCAUUGUCGGUUCCGCUGCUUUUAAUCUGUUUGUCAUCAUCGGUAUUUGCGUUUAUGUAAUUCCUGAUGGAGAGGUGAGACACAUCAAGCAUCUUCGAGUGUUCUUCGUUACAGCCUUCUUCUCCAUAUUUGCUUAUAUCUGGCUAUAUUUAAUUCUUGCUGAAAUCUCAUACGGUAUUGUGGAGUUCUGGGAAGCUUUUCUGACUUUCCUUUUCUUCCCCAUUACCGUUGUUCUUGCCUAUAUCGCUGAUCGUCGUCUUCUGUUCUACAAAUAUAUGACAAAAGAAUACCGUAUGGGAAAGCGUGGAGUUAUUAUCGAAGUAGAAGGCGCUGAUGUCGAGUUAGGCAAGAAGGAUGAAGGAGGGCCACUUUAUGACGAAAAUGUGGACGAGUCUGUUAGGGAAUUUGAGGAACAUCGAAAAGAAUAUAUGGCAGUCAUCCGUGAGCUUCGUCAAAAACAUCCUAACAUCGCCAUGGAAAACCUAGAAUCUAUGGCCCGCGAGGAAAUUAUUAACCGAGGUCCCAAGUCUCGCGCCUUCUACCGUAUUCAGGCCACAAGGAAGCUGACCGGCGGAGGUAACAUCAUGAAGAAAGCAAGGGAGGAAGUUAAGGUGGGUAAAGAUGAUGAAGGACUAGACAAGAAAGACGAAGACAUUAUCCGCAUUUUCUUCGAUCCUGGCCAUUACACUGUAAUGGAAAACGUGGGUACCUUCGAAGCAACAGUUGUCGAGAAGGAGGGAGACCUCAAUACCACCGUUCUUGUUGACUACAAAACUGAAGAUGGCACUGCAAACGCUGGUGGCGAUUACGUGGCUGCCGAAGGCACUCUGGUCUUCCUGCCUGGCGAAACCCAGAAGAACUUUAAUCUUGAAGUUAUUGACGACGAAGUCUUCGAGGAGGAUGAACACUUCUACGUUCGACUCUCCAACAUGCGCCUGGGUUCUCCUGACGGUACUGCUGUGACCCACGCCAUCAAUGGUGCUGCUGGCCAACCCAAAGAACCCGUCAAGAUGGAACUGGCAGCUCCAUAUGUUGCUACUAUUAUGAUCCUCGACGAUGAUCACGGUGGCAUCUUCAACGUCAGCGAGAAAGACGUAGAAAUUGUGGAGACCAUUGGCACAUACGAACUGAAGAUUGUGCGUUGGUCUGGUGCCCGAGGCCGAGUAACUGUGCCUUACAAGACUGAGGACGGUACAGCCAAGGCCGGAAAGGACUACGAGGCAACGGAAGGCGAACUUGUCUUUGAAAACAACGAAACUGAGUAAGUAACAGAAUUUCUU